AUGCCUAACCAUUAUGACAAUGAUUGUCCUACUGCCCCAGUGCCAUGUUUUUAUAGUGCCUUUGGGUGUCCUGAAAAGAUGCAAAGGAAUGAACUGGCACGACAUAUGCAGGAGUUCACUCAGGUUCACAUGAGAAUGAUGGCUCAGAGUUUUCAAAAUAUCAGUGUUACUGCUACAAAUCCUGUACCCUUCAUCAAUGGCCUACCCUUUGAGCCUGCCCUCUUCUCACCCGUGUCACAUGCCGCAUAUGAUUGUAAUCCAGAAGUUGAAAACUUCAAAGAAACUAUUCAGCAGUUGGAAGGUCGGCUGGUAAGACAAGAUCACCAAAUCAGAGAACUCAUUGCUAAAAUGGAGACUCAGAACACUCACAUGGCAGAACUCAAACGUACUAUCCGAAAUUUGGAGGGAAAGAUUACUGAAAUGGAGGCACAGCAAUGUAAUGGUAUUUAUAUCUGGAAGAUUGAGAACUUCAGUGGACUUCAGAAAGCCCAGGAAGAAGAGAGACCUGUCGUGAUGCACAGUCCUGGCUUCUAUACUGGAAAGCCUGGCUACAAGCUGUGUUUGCGCCUGCAUAUCCAAUUACCGAAUGCUCAGCGUUGUGCUAAUUUUAUAUCUCUGUUUGUCCACACUAUGCAAGGAGAAUAUGACAGCCAUUUGCCUUGGCCUUUCCAAGGCACUAUACGACUUUCUAUUUUGGAUCAGUCAGAAGGCCCUGACAGGCAGAAUCAUGAAGAAGUAAUGGAAGCCAAGCCAGAGUUACUAGCCUUCCAGAGACCAACAAUUCAUCGCAAUCCAAAAGGUUUUGGUUAUGUGACUUUCAUGCACCUGCAAACCUUGAAACAAAGAACCUUCAUAAAGGAUGAUACCCUUCUGGUGCGCUGUGAAGUUCUAACGCGUCUAGAUUUAAACAGUCUCCGCAGAGAAGGAUUUCAAGCUCGCAGUACUGAUGGAGCUAUGUAGCCUGUAAGUCUUAACCAGAGGAAUGGAGCCACUAGUCAUGUUCUUCCACCACAGAUUACAUGCGUGCUUCAUCUUCCAUAUAGGCUGCAUUUGUAAAAGACCAUAGUUGCCAACAUAGUUGAUCUUCACCU